AUUGAAAAGGAGAGGACGAAGAACACUAAUGAUAGUUUCUUUGGCAGGCUUGUGUUAACAACAUUUCUACAACAAAAAAGCUCUUUUUAUUAUUACUUCACGUUUUAUUUCUCCAAAAGCUCAAAUCUUUUUUCUUUGUAACUUUUAUCUUAAAAAACAAAACUUUCGUUUCGAAGUGAUAGAGAGAGAGAGAGAGAGAGAGUGCGAGAGUGUGGAGACGACAAGAACGCCGAAAAAUUUAGGACUUUUGGUUUAUGCUCAGUGUUUCAGCUAAUGGGUUGAUUAGGGAUUUGAUUUUGAGUUGAGGGUUUAGGGUUGAUGCUAGAUCUUUAGAGAUAAAUCUUUGUCGCAAAUGGAGACGAUUCAUGUCGCUUUUAUCUUGCUUUCUCUCAUCUUACUGCCCAAUCAUGCCUCUGCUAAUCUUGAAGGUGAUGCAUUGCAUACUCUGAGGGUGACUUUAGUUGAUCCCAACAAUGUCUUGCAGAGCUGGGAUCCUACCCUUGUCAAUCCUUGCACUUGGUUCCAUGUAACUUGCAACAACGAGAACAGCGUCAUAAGAGUUGACUUAGGGAAUGCAGAGUUGUCUGGUCAUUUAGUUCCGGAGCUUGGUGUGCUCAAGAACUUGCAGUACUUGGAGCUUUACAGUAACAACAUAACUGGCCCUAUCCCUAGUAAUCUCGGAAACCUGACGAACUUGGUGAGCUUGGAUCUCUACUUAAACAGCUUCACCGGUCCCAUUCCAGAAUCAUUGGGAAAACUUUCAAAGCUUAGGUUUCUGCGGCUUAACAACAACACUCUCACUGGCUCUAUUCCCAUGUCACUGACCAAUAUCACCACCCUUCAAGUCUUGGAUCUAUCUAAUAACCAACUCUCUGGUUCGGUUCCUGACAAUGGCUCCUUCUCACUCUUCACGCCCAUCAGUUUUGCUAAUAACUUAGACCUCUGUGGACCUGUUACAAGUCACCCAUGUCCUGGAUCUCCCCCGUUCUCUCCUCCGCCGCCUUUUAUUCCACCUCCUCCAGUUUCCACCCCGAGUGGGUAUGGUAUAACUGGAGCAAUAGCAGGUGGAGUUGCUGCAGGUGCUGCUUUGCUUUUCGCUGCUCCUGCAAUAGCCUUUGCUUGGUGGCGUCGAAGAAAGCCACAUGAUAUCUUCUUCGACGUGCCUGCCGAAGAGGAUCCGGAGGUUCAUCUGGGACAGCUCAAGAGAUUUUCUCUGCGAGAGCUACAAGUGGCAAGCGACGGGUUCAGCAACAAGAACAUUCUAGGAAGAGGAGGGUUCGGGAAAGUCUACAAGGGCCGUUUAGCAGACGGAACUCUAGUUGCCGUCAAAAGACUAAAGGAAGAGCGAACUCCAGGAGGGGAGCUUCAGUUUCAAACAGAAGUAGAGAUGAUAAGCAUGGCUGUUCAUCGAAACCUCUUGAGAUUAAGAGGUUUCUGCAUGACACCAACAGAGAGAUUGCUCGUCUAUCCUUACAUGGCCAAUGGAAGCGUUGCUUCAUGUCUCAGAGAGAGGCCACCGUCACAGCCUCCACUAGAUUGGCCAACGCGUAAGAGAAUAGCGCUAGGCUCAGCUCGUGGUUUAUCUUACUUACACGAUCACUGCGACCCUAAGAUCAUCCACCGUGACGUUAAAGCAGCGAACAUUCUACUGGACGAGGACUUCGAAGCUGUGGUUGGCGACUUCGGGCUAGCGAAGCUGAUGGACUACAAAGACACUCACGUGACAACAGCGGUCCGUGGCACGAUAGGUCACAUAGCUCCAGAGUAUCUCUCCACCGGAAAGUCCUCGGAGAAAACAGACGUGUUCGGUUACGGCAUCAUGCUUCUGGAGCUCAUCACUGGACAAAGAGCCUUUGAUCUCGCUAGGCUAGCUAACGACGAUGACGUCAUGUUGCUUGACUGGGUGAAAGGGUUGUUGAAGGAGAAGAAGCUAGAGAUGUUGGUGGAUCCUGAUCUUCAGACGAACUACGAGGAGAGGGAGCUGGAACAGGUGAUACAAGUGGCGUUGCUUUGCACGCAAGGAUCACCGAUGGAGAGACCAAAGAUGUCGGAGGUUGUGAGGAUGCUGGAAGGAGAUGGGCUUGCGGAGAGGUGGGACGAGUGGCAGAAGGUUGAGAUAUUGAGGGAAGAUGUUGAUUUGAGUCCUAAUCUUCACUCUGAUUGGAUCGUUGAUUCUACUUACAAUUUGCACGCUGUUGAGUUGUCUGGUCCCAGGUAACCCAUCAUACAAACAACAAAAUCAUAUUUUAUCUAAGGGUAGGUAGCUUUUUUUUCACCGUAAGUUUUUUUUUUUGUUUUUUAAUGAAACUGACAUUGAAAGAUAUGUGAUUUUGUGUAAGUUGUGCUACGGUUCUAUAAAAAGGGAAAAAAAAAGAAGCAUAAGCUUAAGAUUUGUAAAA